GUUUAUACCUUAGACGAGGAAAGAGAGUGGAGUCGUAACGCGCAUUCACAGACCGGCCCAGUAAGUGUGCCCAAUUAUUGAAGAGACGCCAUUAUUUGGGUCCUAUUCUUGAAACCGACUCCAAGCCUUUUUUUCUGUGUUUCUGUGCUAUUGUGUAUUAAAGACUGCGACUUUUUUAUUCAAUAAGAAUGGUGUUGUGCUCGGCUUUUAGUUGCAAAAAUCGCAGUGAGAAUAAAGUGCCAGGAAUAACCUUUCACAGGUUUCGUCUUAAAGAUCCAACAAGAAAUGGUAUCUGGCUGAUGAAUAUGCAUCUAGCUGACUGGUUUCCCACAAAAAAUAGUAGGAUCUGUUCAAAGCAUUUUGAAAUCCAUGCUUUUUACAAAGUUGGAAACAGAACCUCUCUUUUGGAUGAUGCAGUCCCUACAAUCUUUGAAGAACUUCCAAAACACCUACAGACUAAGGUAACAAAGAGACCACAUCCAAGAUCUAGACAGCUUAUUACACCUACAGCUUCGACAUCUAGGAAAAAUGAUCCUCCCCAAGAAGAUCCAGACACCCCCAGAAAGAAGCAUCCUAGAAGACAGCUUUUUGCAGAAAGGGUAAAGAGCCAAGAGAAAUCGAGAGAAAUAAAAGUUUUGAAUCAGCGGGAUAUAGAACACAGAAAGGAACUCACAAAAAUAAACGAAGUGAAUAUAACAAGUAUCAAAAACAACAAAAAAUAUAAGAGCACAAUGGCAUGUGGAGGAAAGAUUUGA